GUAAUUUAUAUUUAUGUGAUGACAGUAGUGGCAGUACCGAUAACUUUAGUUGACGAAUAAUUAUUUCACGAAUUUGUUUCUACACUUACUUAUUUAAUGAAAUUUUAUUAAGUAGGUGACGGAAUGUGAAUAACUAGUCUUCUUUAACUUUGUGAAUAUUGAAUCAAACCGUACUUAAGUUACUUAUUACAUAGCGAUGUGAGGUGACAUGUUUUUAGAUGUUUGCUUUGUCGAUGUUCAAUGUGAUCGCGAAAAAAAUUUGGUAAAUGUUAUGUAGGCUCAUUUGAGCAUUAAAAGUAUCAUAUACCCACAAUGCCUGUUCAGCAAAUUAAUGUGAAAAACUCGUCUGAUAUCGAGAGUUGGGAAUGGGGAGGUGGAUGUGGUAGAGAAGUGAUACGGACGGGAUCAGGGAGCAGUCGUACUUCGUGUAGCAACUCCAGCGGAGAUAUUUGUCGCAUUUGCCACUGCGAAAGCGAGCCUCACAAUCCUCUGCUAGCACCAUGUUAUUGUUCAGGGAGUUUGAAGUUUGUCCAUCAGAGCUGUUUACAACAAUGGCUGACUGCAUCAGAGACUAGAUCAUGUGAACUCUGCAAAUUUAAUUUCAUUAUGCACACCAAAAUCAAGCCAUUCAAUGAGUGGCGAUUAUUGGAAAUGUCUGGUGUGGAGCGCCGGCGGUUAUGCUGUGCCGUGCUGUUCCACUGCGUCGCCGCGCUCUGUGUUAUGUGGUCACUGUUCGUACUUAUCGAACGAGCUGUGGAAGAGGUCAACCGUGGAAUGAUCGCUUGGCCCUUUUGGACAAAAUUAGUAGUAGUGGCAGUUGGGUUCACGGGUGGCGCCGUCUUUAUGUACAUACAAUGUCGUCAGUAUCUACACCUCUGUAAUCGUUGGCGAGCUCACAACAGAAUAUUAUUAAUUCAAAAUGCACCAGAGAAAGUUCCGAUCGGCAGUGGUUCUCCACCGGUGCGAGUAAAAAGACGCGAGCGGAGCGCGCGGGGGCAGGUGAUCGCGAACAUCGAGCCGCCGCCGCCGCCCGCCGCCUACCACGAGGAGGACGAGAGCGGCGGCUUCGAGACCUACCGCGGCAACCCGCACCGCCGCCUGUCCGCGCUGGCCGACGAGCGCCUGCGCGUGGACUCGCACGACGACACGCGCCGCUUCUCGGACACGCGGCUGGUGACGGGCGCGGGGGGCGCGGGGGGCGCGGCGGGCGCGGCGGACGCGGCCCCCGCGCCGGGCGCCACGCCGGGCCCGCGCGCGCCCGGCGUGUACCACAUCAGCGUGGACCCGCUGGAGGCCGACAUCCGCUCGCUGCUGGCGCUGGAGGCGCGGCGGGCGGCGCGCGCGGCCCGCUCGCUGCCCAACCUGCGCGCCAGCCGCGAGUCGCUGCUGCCGGCGCGCGAGGCCCCGCCGGCCGCGCCCGCGCCCGCGCCCGCUCCCGCGGCCUCCUGA